AUGGUGCAGAGCAUCGACGAUUCAGAGGUCCCUGCACGACCUGCUUCACGAGUUGUCUAUGUCGUUUCAGAGGAGCUAGUGAAGGCAUCUUCGCUCCUACCCUCAAACAGAAACAGGUCGUUCUUGGUUCAUUCGUUAGUGGCCGCCCUGGGCCUGUUCAAAGCCGUCAACCCAGAUCUCGAUGGCCAGAAAUACAUGCAAGUGAUACGUCCCCGCCGAGCGUCCCCGCGCGAACUACUAGUAUACCAUACUCGCGAUUACCUCGAGUAUGCACUCAAUCCAGCCACAAGAGACUGUCAAGACCAGUCCCAAAUCGCCGAGUUUGGACUCGAAGACGAUUGUCCUCCUUUUCAUAAUAUGCAUGAAUACAUUCAACUGGUGGCGGGUGCAACGCUGACAGCGGUAGACACGUUAAAGGACGACGUAUGCGACGUCGCUAUCUGUUGGGACGGCGGAAGGCAUCACGCCCAGAAAUCCAAGGCGUCUGGGUUUUGUUACGUGGCUGAUUGUGUCCUCGCUAUUUUGGCUUUGAAGAAGAACCGACUGGCGGCGACGAUCUCCGCUACUAGUAAUACGCUGCCAACGAUAACGACGCGAAAACCGCGCGUGAUGUACGUCGACUUGGAUGUGCAUUUUUCGGAUGCUGUUUCAGAGGCUUUUUAUAACGCGAGUUCGACGGCGUCGUCUCAGAUACUGACGUUGUCAAUUCACCACACUUCCCCAGGAUUCUUUCCCCCCUCAUUGCUAUCCGACCUGUCGAAUCCUGAUGACCCCGCUUUCGACCCAUUCACGUUAUCGCUGCCUCUAAAAGCUGGUGCGUCCAACCGAACAUUCGCUCGAGUAUGGCCGACCGUCAAUGGAAUCGAGAAGACCUUCGGUCCUGAUUUCGUAGUGAUCCAAUGUGGAGUGGACAGUUUAGCUGGUGAUCCUGUGGCUACCUGGAAUUGGUGUCUUGGUGAUGGCGAAGGAUCCUUGGGUGGUUGGCUAGAGAAGAUGCUACGUGAGUGGCGAGGCAAAAAGUUACUCCUGGGCGGUGGCGGGUACAAUUCUGCGAAUGCUGCACGCGCAUGGGCGUAUUUGACUUCUAUAGCCAUGGGCAACCCACUCCCAGUAGACACAGAUAUACCGGAGCAUCGUGCGCUUCCGCUAUAUCAGCCAUCCUUUACGCUGGACGUCCCGGCUGGUAAUAUGCGGGAUGAAAAUUCAGAGGGUUACCUGUUGGAAGUGGAGCGACGGUUUGAGCGGAUUCGAGAAGUGUUGAGCUGUAGAUUGUCCGGCGCUACGGGUUCUGUAUGAGUGUUUGGUGUUGGUCACUAGUGCAGAAGUUCUUACACAUUCGCAAACCGCUACAGCCAAACACUUGUUACCACUACUUGCCAUCGCUCGUCGUCGUUCAAAGCGUUGGUCAGGCUGGCCAGCUUGUUAUGUCGUCCUAACCCGUGUACAAUAUUAUUCAAACUCCCAUUCCGGUCUUUCCAUCCAACACCUCGCAGGCACGCACACUCGAUGCUCUGGAGCACAUCUGUUUUGAGCACACUUUCGUCCGACACGGAGCCUUCCGUCGUCAUCGCCUUCGAUUCGGCCAAAUACCUCUUCAACGUUGGGGAGAAUACCACCAGAUCCUAUUUACAGAGCCGGCAAACAUGGAGGAAGACCAGGGGAAUCUU